AUGUGCUCGUGUGCGUCUCCCCGUCCCCGUGCCCUUCAAAACACGCCGGGUCGUGGCUGAAUAUUUCAUGUUCUACGACUGCGCCUCCAUUUGUACGGGAUGUUCUUGUUUUUUUCCUUGUUUACGUCUUGCCGGUCUCCCACACACCUCUCCCACACACACCUAUGGACGCAUCUGCCGAGUAUGUCCGACCGUGUACCCUACGCAAAGGUGGCUGCGCGCAAGAAGGAAGACGGGGGCGGAGAACGCGCCAGCUCGUCACCUCAGGCAGCAACUAAGCGGGAUAAUGGGAAUACACGUGCCUUGUCGUCUUACAUAGGAACCUCUACAGCAGAUUCACCAACCAACAACCAAGCAACUACUCGAGACGGGGAGAUGAUAACACCGGCCUACGUGCCUGAAUAUAUACGAAGGCGCUAACCGGGUUGGCACUGGAGCUGUCCGAAACGAUUGUGCCCGUCGCACUAACAGGUCCCUCGAGGUGGUGUACUGUCUAAGACACGCA